GAGAAGAAGAAAUUGACGGGACACUUUAGGUUACUUUUGGGCAAUAUUUUCACAUUUUCACCUCAGAGUAAUAAAAAAUAUACUCUGAGAUUUUCACUUUAGUUUGGCACAAUUGAAAAUUCCUAAAUAAAAACGCUGCCACAGCAAAAGCUAAAUUUUUAUAUCGUGACACUGCGCUGGACACUGGACACUUGGUCUUUAGCUUUCCACUGUGGUUAUGUUUCUAAGCUCAUCUCUUUAGGAAUUGGUUUGAAGUUUUCAACGUGUGACCACCGGACUGACGAACAGUUAUCGAGUCAUCUGUGGCACAGUUCAGUGAAGCAAUUGGUUGAUUUUUUAUUCAUUAAAUAUAUUACAUAAAUGGAGGACAAAAUCACUUCCCCCCUUACAGAGGACGAGUUAUUUUGUGAUGCUGAAGAUGGGGUAGAAAUACAGGAAAAUGUUUUAGAGGAAAUUGAUGAACUGGCGUUGGAAGAUGAAGGUGACUCCGAUGAUUAUUACUAUGAUUAUGACAAAUAUGCACAUCAUCACCCACAUGGCCAUCAGGAACAGGCUACGAGCAGAGUCAGCAAUUUCCAGGCCAAUGACAAUUUAUUUCAUAAAUAUGCAAACAAAAUCAAUUUGGAAAGGUAUGAAGUGACAAACCUUCCAGGCCACACUACAAAUUUGUUGCUCGAAAACCAAAAGCGCCUGGAAAGUGAUAGGAAUCGUAGAAAGGAUAAGCAUGAUAGAGCCACAACGGAACAAGUCAUGGAUCCACGAACUAGAAUGAUUUUAUUUAAAUUCCUUAACAAAAAUAUCAUAUCAGAAAUAAACGGAUGUAUUUCAACAGGCAAGGAAGCAAAUGUUUAUCAUGCCUUUUCAAAUAGUGGUGAAGACUAUGCAAUAAAAAUAUACAAAACGUCCAUUCUGGUGUUCAAGGAUAGGGAUAAAUAUGUUAGUGGCGAGUUCAGAUUUAGACACGGUUACGGUAAAAAUAAUCGAAGAAAAAUGGUUAGUACUUGGGCAGAAAAAGAGAUGAGAAACCUAGCUCGUAUGCACUCUAAAGGUUUGAAUGUACCUCGGCCUGUUUCACUCAACUCGCAUGUCCUCCUUAUGACUUUUAUUGGAAAAGAAGGUUGGCCAGCCCCAAAACUGAAAGAUGUUGAGCUGAGCCUGUCAAAAGCCGGGGAAGCCUACAGGGAAACUGUUGUCAUGAUGUGGCAGAUGUAUAACAAAUGUAAAUUGGUUCACGCCGAUCUCUCUGAAUUCAAUAUGCUCUACUACAAUGGACAAAUUUACAUAAUAGAUGUUUCACAGUCUGUUGAACAUGACCAUCCCCGUGCUCUUGAGUUUCUUAGGAAAGAUUGCAAUAAUAUUACAGACUUCUUCAGGAAAAAAAAAGUUGUUACCAUGGGCAUCAAAGAUUUGUUUGAUUUCAUAACCGAUCCCAGUAUCACAGAAAAUAAUAUGGAGGAGUGUCUAGAUGCCUUUGCAGAAAAAGCUGCUGGAAACACGGAAACAACCUCCUCAGAACAGGUUGAUGAAAAAGUAUUUUUACAAGCUUAUAUUCCACAACGACUGACAGAGGUAAUAGAUUUUGAGCGAGACAUCAAUCAAGCGAAAGCAGGUCACUCAGAAAAUUUAAUGUACAAAACUCUAGUAGGUCUGAAAUCUGAUUUGAGUGGUACUGUACAAAGGCCAGAAAUAUUAAAUGGAAAUGAAGAAAAUCAUGAAGAUCAGACUGAGUAUGAAAAAAAAUCUGAAUCAAGUACCAUAAUUGAACAGCCUGAAAUACUAGAUGAAAACAGUGAAACAAAGUCAGAAAUAUUAAAAGGAAAUGAAGAAAAUCAUGAAGAUCAGACUGAGCAUGAAAAAAAAUCUGAAUCAAGUUCCAUAAUCGACCAGCCUGAAAUAUUAGAGGAAAAUAGCGAAACAGAGUCUGAAGAAGAGAGCAAGUUUAGGAAUUCAUCAAGGCCAAAAAAUGAGACUAAUGAAGAAAAAAAAGCAAGGAAGAAGGCUGUGAAAGAAGCGCAAGCAGAAAAAAGGAAAACUAAGGUCAAGAAACAUGUUAAGAAAAGGAUGGAAAACCUAAAAAAACAGACUUGAGUGAUGUAAAUUGUUGAUUAUUUUCUAUGAAAUGUUACAUUUAUGUUUAUUCGGCACUGCUUCAUUGAUUUUUAUUCUUCAUGAUAUUCACCUUUAAAUUCUGUCGGCCUAUAUAUUGUUUUUUAUAUGCCUCUAUUAGAAAUUCAAGUUUCAUUUAUAUUAUAUCAGGUGGGGAAGAAACAAAAAUAUUAGUGUCCGACCGAAACUGAUUUUUACGAGCAAAAACGAAUUUUGGCAACGGUCUCAGUUUCUUCCGAAACUGAAACUUCCUUACAAGGAUUAUAUUUUGAGGGAAAAAUAAAUAAAACAUUAUAAUCAGUCAGUCUCUAUUUUUUCAUCUUAAAUUAGAACGUUAUGCAGUCUUCGCCAUUUUUACUUUUUGAUAAUCAACAUAACAAACCCUUGUUUAUGAUAAAAUAUUCAUUGC